UUUUAAAUGAAUUCUGAAAAAGUAUUUCUUGCUAAGAUGUCCAAUAUGAAUUUUUCAGGACUGGUUUCCGUAUGUUCUAGUAUUAAGUAUGAUAGUUUCAUCUAUUUGAAAUACAAACUUAACAAACUAAUUUGGUUAUUAAAUGAAUAAUUAUUUUACAAAUUCACUGAUUUUCUCAUAUCAUCUUAAUUUUCAAUUUAAAUAAAAUCCCGGAUAUAUCUGGAUUUCAACAUUUGCUGCAACGUUUUGCCUAACUUAUACAGAUUCAUUUCAAAUUUCGUUUUAAAAUUUACAAAUAUUGUAGAUUUAUUUUAAAAUAUUUUAAUUUACUGCGGGUAUCAAGGAGAUUUAUAAUUUCAAGCCAAUGAGAUGUUAUUUUUAAAUCGCACCAAAAUCAAUGGAAACUAAAAAGGACGAGAAGGAAUUCACUACUUCCUCGGAAAGCUCUAAACGAGAGAAAACCCUGGACUGCGAAGUAAAGUCAGAAAAGGUAAUGGUUCCUUUUUUCAAUGGCGAUACUCCAGAAUUUAACCCUUCCGUGAAAAACACUAAAGGUCAUUCCCAGAGAUUUAAACAGCAAAAUCCUGAAAAUUAUCACCCUAAGGGUCGCAGAUAUCCUCCUAAGAAGAGUUUUAAGCCCCCUACAACUAAAGAGAUUGGAUUAAAUUCCCAACCCAUAACUGAAAAACCAGCCAAAUUUAAACAAUCUAGCCCACGCCCUAAGGCUAAAACCAAGACUGAUUUUAAUGAAUACUACGAAGAUAACCUAGGUCAUAGGAUUUCCUACAUUGAUAAAUCAAAUGUAGGCAACAUUCGUCCUAUUGAUAAACUCUACACUAAGCCUGAAGAAAACCCUUCCAAGAGUUCUGACGAAGGUUCUGACACCUCCGAUGAUUUGCUGAAAAAUCUCGAGGUUGAUUUCAAGCAAGGCUUAAGCUAUUGCUUGGAGAGUUCAAGCAAUAAAAACGAAACCUUCGUCGACGCCUUGAUCAGGAACAGUAACACUUUCGAGGAUUUGGUUAUUGAACAGCCAAAUGAGAGAAAGCCUGACAAAUCCAGCGAGUUAAAAUCUGUCCUAAAGAAAAUGGGAAUUCUGGAUAAAUCUCAUGGUGAUAAGGAUAUUCUUGAUCUGGACGGCAAUGAAAACGGUAAUGGAAAGCACUACGUCUUCCCUAAAUACAUGUCCUCUCCCGACCCGUCAAAUCUUCCAAUUCCCGGAUCACUUUAAAUCAAUCUGAUACCAUAAA